AUGGCGCUGUGCGGAGCGGGAGGAAUGUUCGUCGGGGUGUUUGGCCGCUGCUUUAAAUUUACACACGACGACGAAGACGAAGACGACGACGAUCAGCCACUGCGUCGAGCAGAUGUCGUUCGUGGGCAGCCAGGGAGUCGGCGGAGGCGGCAGACAGCGAAGUCGACGGCGAGGCUGGCGGUGACGAGGCCACGUGGUGUGAGAUGCCAAGCGCCGAAAUUUUGCCCGUGCGGAGGUGGUGCUGGUGGUGGUGGUGCUGGUGGUGGUGCUGGUGGUAGUGGUGGUGGUGGUGCUGGUGGUAGUGGUGGUGGUGGUGCUGGUGGUAGUGGUGGUGCUGGUGGUGGUGGUGGUGGUGCUGGUGGUAGUGGUGGUGCUGGUGGUGGUGGUGGUGGUAGUGGUGGUGCUGGUGGUGGUGGUGGUGCUGGUGGUGGUGGUGGUGCUGGUGGUAGUGGUGCUGGUGGUGGUGCUGGUGGUGGUGGUGCUGGUGGUGGUGCUGGUGGUGGUGCUGGUGGUGGUGCUGGUGGUAGUGGUGGUGCUGGUGGUGGUGGUGGUGCUGGUGGUAGUGGUGGUGCUGGUGGUGGUGGUGGUGCUGGUGGUGGUGCUGGUGGUAGUGGUGGUGCUGGUGGUGGUGGUGGUGCUGGUGGUAGUGGUGGUGCUGGUGGUGGUGGUGGUGCUGGUGGUGGU